AUGGCAGUGAACGAGGUUGUGCUUCUGUACCAGGUUCUCGUCGCAAAGCGUAAAUCCAAAGAUUCGUGGGAGCUGAGCAGUUGGCGGGGAACCAGCAUCCAAGAGUGUCCGGCAGCCAAAUACUCGAAAAAGGAACUUGCGGACACCGAAGAUUGUCAGAUGCUCACCGAGAUUCCUGUCAGAGACUGGGAGCACUGUGAUGCAGUACCCUCGACACUGAGCGCUUUGAUUGGCGUUGUGGUGCCAGGUCAACUUCGCAAGGUUGAAACGGUCUUCGUGGUCUCAGACUUGCAGAUCUUAGGCAUCUCGUCAGUGAAGAGCGAAACGGAUGAGUGGCUUAUCGCUUCCUGCGUGCGAUGCAAGAGGGCCAGCCCUUGUUCGCAACAUCCUGACGAAAACACAGAGAAGCGUCUGGCCAUCAGAUUGACGUUGGCCGAUGGCAACAGUCAGUGUACCGUGAUGCUGUAUCACGAGCUACUGCUGAAGGCAGCAGCGCUUAUGGAAGUGACUCUGCCAGAGCCGCCGGCUGAUUCCAAGGAUCUACGCUCAACCCUCAGAGACAUGUUCCGCAAUGCUCAGUGGAUCUCCCGUUUCACCUUCAAGGAGAACGACUUCCAGCAAUCUUUGGAAUUGGAGUGUCGCGACAUUCGUUCUUGCCUGCGGCUGCAGCCGACUGUCGCGCUGAUGAGUCCACCCGACACUUAG